AUGGAGAAAGUAAAGAAGGGCCAUUUCAUAAUGAAGAAGAGAUGGGCACGGGGUCGUAGGGCGUUCGAGAAAAUCAAGGUCAUGUCUCAAAAGAAGGUGAACUUGUUGGGAUGGAAACGCCACAACCCAAGAUCUCUAAUAACGGAUAGCCGGGUAGAGGAUCAUCAAUCCGAGCAAUUCAUUCGUAAGAAUAAUGCAGGUAACAUGUGA